UUUACUGUUAACGGGACUCUGUUAUUAUUGUAUUGACUCUGACAAAUGUGUUAGUCCUGUUCAGUGAGGUAGGUUGAAGUUGCUCGAAGCUGUUGCAUCCUGUGCACUCUUUUAAUAUAUAGCGACAAACAUGUCUAACGGUCCAAUCUGCAAAAGAGAGGCUAUCUUUAAGUCUCCUCUCUUUCGAUUAUAACGUGCUUGUAUUCAUAAAUUUUGAUUUACUAAUUAUUAUCAUAGUAAGAACAGCACCGAGCGACUACAACUUACCUCACUGAACAGAGCUAUUUGUGUUUGUUGAAGAGUUUCGAGUCCAAAGAGCGCGAAGUUAUUCAAAAGUUUUAAUUCCUUAUUUAGUGCGGUCUAGCAUAAACUGAAAAGAAAAAGCAUUCAACGACGUAGGGAUCAUCGGCCCAGCGUCUGCCAUGGAAUCGAUUUGUAUCGCAUGUCGUAACUCCCUGGAAGUCGGUUCCAUCGCCCUGGGCGACACCUGCAAGAGCUUCGAUGUCCCCGUGUGGAAAAUGAUGUUCGAGUGUACUCAAAUUGAGGUUACCAUCGACAACGGUUUUCCCAAAAGACUAUGCUGUGAUUGUUUGAAUCGUCUUGAGGAUUGUUACGGAUUUAUCGAAAUGUGUCGAGCAUCUAUGGAGUUCUUUUGGUCGAGCUUACAGUGUGUAAAGAUCGAACCAAUCGACAAUUCGUACUCAGAUUCGGCAGUAGAAACUGAAUCUCCAACGAUGCCGCAAAACUCUGAAACGAAUUCUCCUUCUUGCACAACGCUGGACAAUCAGAAUUCUUGCUCGAAGGAACAACCAUUCAAAACUGAAGAAGCGCCAGAAGAUGACUUAGAAACUAAAUCUCCAACGAUGCCGCAAAACUCUGAAACGAAUUCUCCUUCUUGCACAACGCUGGACAAUCAGAAUUCUUGCUCGAAGGAACAAUCAUUUAAAACUGAAGAAGCGCCAGAAGAUGAUUCGUUGCUAAUUCCCUUGAGUACCACCGAUGUAGAAGGAAGUUGCACACAAACGACGAAGAAACCGAUCAAACCACGCCGAAAACGCCGAAAAUUGGAGGGAGCCAUAAGAGUACGUCCAAAAAAGAAAUCCUCCAGAAAACUCCUCGAAAAAAGAAAUCCUUCAGAAGUCCCGCGGAGUCGAGAAAGAAAUAAGAGUGAACUAACACCAGAGGAAAUCGAGACGAAACGUCAACGUCAUAGGAUAAGGAUGGCUAUGAUUCGUGCGCAGCAAACACCAGAGCAAAAAGAGGCUGAACGCGAAAAAAAUAGGAUCAGAAGAGCACACUAUCGUGCAUUUCAGCAAACACCCGAGCAAAUCGAAGCUGAACGCGAAAAAAAUAGGAUAAGGAUGGCGAUGCUUCGUGGAACAAUACGAACACCGGAACAAAAUGAAGCGGAAAGCGAGAAAAAUAGGAUCAGAAUAGCGGAAAUUCGCGCUACAAAGCGAACACCAGAGCAAAUCGAAGCUGAACGCGAAAAAAACCGUGUAAGAACAGCGAUGGCUCGUGCAGCAGCACGAAAUAACGCGCUAGUCACAGAGCAAGAAAGAUUCACAGCAGACGAACUAAAGCAGGAAAAGUCGUGGCGCGCCAGACAAACACCGGAACAAGCGAUGGCAGAACGGGAACGAAAUAGAAUAAGGAUAGCGAUGAUCCGAGAAGCCAAACGAAGUACCGAGCAAGGCCGAGAGCAAGAAAGAUCGCAAAAUCGGCUGAUGAAAAGAAUGAGUCGUGUCAAGCAGGAAAUGGGAGAUUUCAUUACCGACGACAUCGAGUGAUGCUGGCGUUCGGCGUAGACGACGUCAUUCCUAGCGAUACAACUAACACGCUUUAAAAUGUAAGUAAAACGAAAGUAAUAAUUAUACCGUCAACAAUGGUGUCAAUGUUAUUUUAUAGUAAAA